AAAGCAGUUGUUUGCUCUGGCGCUUUCUUAAGAUGGCCGCGGCUAAGGACGGAUGUGGCUUAGAAACUGCUGCUGGAAACGGCCGGCGGCUCCACUUAGGGAUUCCUGAAGCAGUGUUUGUGGAAGAUGUAGAUUCUUUCAUGAAACAGCCUGGGAAUGAAACUGCAGAUACAGUGUUAAAGAAGUUGGAUGAACAGUAUCAGAAGUAUAAGUUUAUGGAACUCAACCUUGCUCAAAAAAAGAGAAGGCUGAAAUGUCAGAUUCCUGAAAUUAAACAGACUUUGGAAAUUCUGAAAUACAUGCAGAAGAAAAAAGAGUCCACCAAUUCAAUGGAGACCAGAUUCUUACUGGCAGAUAACUUGUACUGCAAAGCUUCAGUUCCUCCUACUGAUAAAGUAUGCCUGUGGUUGGGGGCUAAUGUAAUGCUUGAAUAUGAUAUUGAUGAAGCUCAGGCAUUAUUGGAAAAGAAUUUAUCAACUGCCACAAAGAAUCUUGAUUCUCUUGAAGAAGACCUUGACUUUCUUCGAGAUCAGUUUACUACUACAGAAGUCAAUAUGGCCAGGGUUUAUAAUUGGGAUGUAAAACGAAGAAACAGAGAUGAUUCUACCAAGAAUAAAGCAUAACACUGGCAAUUGAAAAUGUGAUUCAGGUUUCCAAACAUGUUAAAUAAGCCAAUGUUUAAAGAUUGAUAUAACUUUCACUGAUGUUUUCCACAGCAAGAUUAAAAUUUAAAAACACUGUUUUAUUUAUUUAUGAAAACAAAAUUACUCUCAAAUAUUUUAUGAAAUUAACAGUAUUUUUUUCAUAUUUCCCUAAAAUGUAAUGCUACUUUUGUUUUUUUUUAAUCUGUUAUAAGACAACUCUUAACUGAAAUGGCCAAAAACUGUGAGGAAUGCUAUGGAAGCUGCUGAAUGCUGGGCACCAGAACAAUUUUCUUUUUCUUUAUUGAUUGAUGUUACUCUCACUUGAUGUGAUAAACAUUUUAGAGGCAGGAAAGACAGUUCCAUUAUUUAUAAAAUUGUUCUUCUUUAGUACUUAAAGGACAUUAUCAUCUUUUGUUGCUGUUUUGUUCUGUAAAUGGGAUUUCAUGCAUUUCUGCCUAGCCAGUAGCUUUUAUGAUACUUUGAACCUUUCAGAAAAUUGUUAUUAGCUUUCCUACACAGUAUGAAGGCUAUUGACGUACAUUACACUUUGAUCCCAAGUAAGUAUACUGUGUCUGCAAUGCCAGUAUAAGGGAGACUUGAUCAAUGUGAGAGAGUACUACCCAUUCAAAACUUUAAGCUAAGGUAAUUUUAUAUUAUAUAACAGUUUUCCAAAGCACCUAGAACAGGAAUAGUAACAUAAAUAUAAAUCUGCAUUGUUUGAAAAGAGUUGUAACCUUCUCUAUUCAUGAUAAAAUUGCAUAGGAUGGAUAUAAUCUCUGGAAAGCCAUUGGUACUGACUGUGGUAAAAGUACUUGGUGAUACAGAUUCUGGUAAAAACACAUGCAUGUUAUUCCAUCUCCAUGUAAUAAAAACUAUACUUGUACAAUGUUUUGUUACUUGUAUUUCAUGUUAUUAAAACAGUGAUGUUCAACCUGUUACCUGACAA